UGGCACUGAAACAAUUGGAUAUUUGGGUUUUAUAACCUCAUUCUUUGAAAAAUUAAUGAAAAAUAAGGAAAUAAUUGUAGAUUUCACUUACAAAACUAAUGCAUUAGAAUAUAAAGUUUAUUUAAUUAUUGGUCAAUUUAAUGGUUCUGGUUUUGCAAUAGUGUAUCUAUUUGUUGAAAGAAAAAGUAAAAAAGAUGACAAUUUAGCAGAAAAUUUUAUUGAAAAUUCAAUAGAAGAUUUGAUAGAAGAUUCAACAGAAAAUUCAACAAAAAAUUUAUUCUUUAAUUCAAAACAAGAUAUCUUGAAAGACAUAACAAAUUCAAACCAUAAUGAUAAGUCAUUACAACUUUUUAGUAAAUAUAAAACUAUCUUAUAG